AUCAUUUGAUCUUGAAGUAUGCGGUUUCGUUCAUCGGAUCAUUCCUGAAUUUAAUUUAACAACGCAGAAUUUUUCUUUACAGUCAAUUACCGUCACAGAUUUUUUCGCACGCGACAACAAUCUUGCUACCGAUUGUCCCGUCGCGCUGUCCGCUGUUUGAGAACAAGAUCAACUUAAACACCAGGCAAGGAUUUCCUGUUUUCGUUCCGCAAAGACGAUUGACGAAGUUUCUUCAGGAAUUUUAACUUUCCCGGCAGUAAAUCAGAAGUGAUCAAAAAGAGUCAAUGGAGAGAAUCUACUUGGCUUUGACACUCAGCUUUGUUACUGCAAACGCAGUCGCAUACCGGCGUCCUCCCGAGAUCACAAAUUUCCUACAAAAGGAUUUAGUCAACCCAGAGGAUGUUGAAUUUAAAGGAUUUAAACUGCCGUGUGGAGCUGCAGGGACGAAUAUUUCUUGGGCGUGGAAACAUAAUGAUACGGAGAUCACAUCGUUCAGGCGAUCACCGCAUUACUCUCUUAAUGGAGAUGGCACUUUAACUGGCAAAUAUUUAUCUUCCCAACACAGCGGGACUUAUCAGUGUAUUGUUAAGGAUAAGGACACUAAAAUUGAAGUAUUUAGCAGGAAACUAAAAGUCGCGAUUACUGCUCCUGGUGAUUUCAUCGAUAGAGAAAGAAAGAGUGUAAAGGUUGACCUUGGAAAGCCUUUCCGAUUUCAGUGCCCCAAACACGCGGCGGGCUUUGGCUCCUCAUACGCUUGGGUAAAACCAUCAAACAUCCACUUGUCCAGGAACGAACGACGAGGAAUAUCUCCGGACGGGACAUUGUUAAUCGCUUACCUCACGCAGCAGGAUAUGGAUGAGAUUAAUUACGAUGGCGUAAGAUGUCGAAUAAGAGCUGGGAACACCUAUGAAGAUUCUGGAAAAUUAUUUCUUGUGAAGAAUAACCCUCAACAGACAGACCCCGGCACUCCUGUUGCUCUGUCUUGGGCCAGUAAACCUGCGGUUGACGAGCUUGCCAUUGAGGGACGAAGAAAAAUUCUUUACUGUUUCGCAAAUGGACGGCCAACUCCAGAAAUCACGUGGAAAAAGAAUGGGAAGCGGAUUGUGCAUGGACAGAAUUCCUAUGAAAUUCCUCGCCAUUACUUUGGCCACCGUCUAGUUAUCACAAAUGUGAACAGGGAAAGUCACCAAGAUGUGUACACUUGUGAGGCAAACAAUUCUCGGGGCAAUGUCUACCCCAUUGUCCGUUCAAUCAAUCUGGAGGUAAAAGUUCCAGCAAGAUGGAGUAACAAUCCUCCAGCAAGUGAAAUCAGCAUUAUAAUUAAUAAAAAUGCAACUAUUGAGUGUAAGGUGGUUGCAGACCCUGAGGCAACAGUUCUGUGGUACAAGAAUGGAGCACACUUGCAGUCGUCAAGUGAUCGUAUAAUAGUGGAUGGAAGCAAAUUACACUUCAGACAUGUUAAUCUGACCGAUGAAGGUGUCUACCAAUGUGCUGUGGAAAACCAGUACGGUAUGAUUGUCUCUGCAACCUGGGUUCAAGUGAAAGCCUGGAAACCAUCCUUUAACAAUCGUCAGUUUGGUCCUUUCCACCUGCUUCAAGGCAGUGAAGGCAGAUUACAUUGCAACCCAAAUGCAGAGCCUCGCCCAAAAUUCCAGUGGUUUGUUGAUGGAGUUCUGAUCUCAGACGAAGCCAUUAACAGUCGGUAUAGGUUAUUGUUGGAUGGUACCUUGUUGAUAAAGAAAGUCGACAAAGACAAGGAUGCAGUAAACUACACGUGCGAUGCUGUAAAUUUGAUGGGCAAGGCUUCUGCAUCAACAGUUCCGACGGUGCUGGUUAAACCGGCUUUCGUGACAAGGCCCAGAAAUCAAACAGUGCUUGAAAAAGGAACAACCACAUUCUACUGCAAUGCCAAUGGCCGUCCGCUUCCUAACAUAACAUGGGUCAAAGAUGGAAUGACAGUUGGUCUCGGGCACACACUGAGGUUUGAAACAACAUGGAGGGGACAGUCUGGAAGAUACUGGUGCCAUGCGCAAAAUGGAUUGAAUUACGUUAUCAACGCUAGUGCUUUUCUGAAUGUGCAGUUUCCAUCAUAUUUUAAAAGUCGGCCAGCUCACCAGUCUGUCCAAGAAGGUGAUGAGACAACUUUCCACUGCGGUGCCAUGGGCAAUCCAAGCCCUAAGAUCGCUUGGUUCAAAGACGGGAGAUCUGUAGGAACAGGAAACACAUUGAGUUUUCUUGCCUUCAGAAAUCGCUCUGGAGAAUACUGGUGCUCAGCUGAUAAUGGCUUGGGAUUGGCCAUCAACGCCAGCGUUCGACUUGAUGUACAGAUUAAGCCUCAUUUAAUCACCACGCCAAAGAACCAAUCAAUAGCUGAAAACAAGCAAGUUACGUUCCAUUGCAAUGCCACAGGACAUCCAAUCCCAGAGAUAACAUGGACGAAAGAUGGGUUGACUGUGGGCACAGGAAGCAAGCUUACCCUAACCGUCUCUCGGGGUGACGCCGGAAGAUAUUCGUGUACAGCGUACAAUGGUGUUAGUGCAGGCGUCAAAGCAAGUGCUUAUCUUCGUGUCUUGUAUGUACCCUCUCCACCAGUUAAUGUCACAAUAACAGACUGUAAAGAUUGGAGAGUGAAACUUCACUGGGUACCAAGCCCUUCAAUUGCUGCUCCAGUCACGCAUUAUCUAAUUGAGCAGGAGUCUAGUCAGGACCCUGUGGUAUUCGGCUUACUGCACAACGUUAGCAAACCAGAUGCCACGGAAGCGACCUUCAACGUAAGUAAAGAUACUUCGCCUCGUUUCCGCAUCAGAGCAGUUAACAAUGUCGGAGAAAGUCUACCCAGUUCACCGGUUGAAACAACUUGCCAGGGGACUGAGACUGACUUUGGUGCACGCCAGCCAGAGGUCACACAGAGCCCCAUCUACCAAAAGGCGUGGUUUCUGACUAUGGUAGCCCUCGUUGCCUAUGUUGUUCUGAUCUCAGCGCUUGCUAUGCUUUUCAUAAGUUACUACAAGGGAAAAGGGAAAAAAUACGAAGUUGGAAAACGCGAACGAAAACGCGGAUACAGCGAGCAGGCAAAGCAAUCAGAGGAAAACGUUGAAGAAGAGGAGACAAACAACUUGGUGGGGAACGCCGAAAAGACACCACUCGAGAGAAGACAGAAUCGCAACUCAAGGCCGGUCUCCAAUUCAAUCAGCUUACUUGAGUUGCAAUUCAGGGAAGACGGCUCCUUUACAGAGGAAUACGGCGGGGACGAUGAACUGUUACAUGGAACUUUUGUUUGAGAGCCGCUAUAGACUAGACCAAAAUGUGUCGCACUGAGUGUCGUGCCUGAGAAGAUGAUUACGUGACGUGACUAACGGGAAAGAAUUGUACCUCUUCUGAGUCCUCAUAAAAUAGUGUUGCG